GAUUGGCACCGGAAGAGAGGAAGAAGAACAGUGCGGAGAGUGGAGACGGAGUGAGGAGAAGCGAUAAAUCACAGAUCUAUUCAACAACACACCAACAACUCUUUCUAUCCGAUAUCAACCUCCUCCGAUUUCGAUUUCGAUUUCGGAGCUCUGGUGGUUUUGGUUGCUUCUGUUUCAUGAGAUUAAGGCCCCAUGGCAACCCAUCCUGGAAAACAUGCUCCUUCAAAUGGGUCUGUCUAUGUAUGCAACUUGCCCUAUGGGACUGACGACAAUAUGCUGGCUGAAUAUUUUGGCACCAUUGGAGUAAUAAAGAAAGAUAAACGUACAGGGAGGCCAAAAAUAUGGUUAUAUCGAGACAAAGAGACUAAUGAACCAAAGGGAGAUGCUACCGUAACUUAUGAGGAUCCACAUGCUGCUGUAGCUGCUGUUGAAUGGUUUAACAACAAAGAUUUUCAUGGCAGUACAAUUGGGGUUUUUAUAGCAGAGUCAAAAAACAAGGAUGACCAAACAUAUAAUUCAGUUGUAGAACCAGAAGUUGCUGGUAAUGUUGGUGGACUAGAGGGAAAUACCAAGGAUGUUAAUGGUGGUAGUGGAAGAGGUAGAGGUCAAAUUGAUACUUCAGGCAAAGCAUGGCAACAAGAGGGCGAUUGGUUGUGUCCGAAUACAAGUUGCUCCAAUGUGAACUUUGCUUUUCGUGGUGCGUGUAAUCGCUGUGGAACUGCUCGUCCUGCUGGUGCUUCUGGAGUUUCAGGGGCUGGUGGCCGUGGCAAAGGACGUGCUGGACAAGAAGCAGGGGGUGUUGGCCGACCUGUUGCUGGAGGACUCUUUGGUCCCAAUGAUUGGCCUUGUCCAAUGUGUGGCAAUAUCAAUUGGGCAAAGCGGACUAAAUGCAAUAUUUGCAAUACAAAUAAGCCUGGGCAUAAUGAAGGUGGUGUAAGAGGAGGACGAGGUGGAGGUUACAAAGAGCUUGAUGAAGAGGAAAUAGAAGAAACUAGGCGUCGUAGGAGGGAAGCUGAAGAUGAUGGAGAGUUGUAUGAUGAAUUUGGAAAUUUAAAGAAAAAAUUCCGUGCCAAAACACAGCAAGCUGAAGCUGCACGUGGAAUUCCUGGUGCAGGGCGUGCUGGUUGGGAGGUUGAAGAACUAGGGAUAGACAGGGAUGCUAGAGAAAGUAGAGACAGAGGGAGGGAUCGUAAUGAUGGGGAUAGCAGGAACAGAGAGCGAGGCGAAAAAGAUAGGCAAAGCAGUUGGAAUAGAGAGAGGGAGAGGGGAAGAGAUCGAGACUGGGAUUAUGUUGAUCGUGACAGAGAUUAUGGGCGAGACCGGGACCGAAGUAGACACCGUUAUUGAAAGUAGCAGCAAGAGUGAGUGCAUUCUACUAUGCUGUGUUGGCCUUUUGUGGAAGGAUUUCAAUUGCUUUGAAUUAAAUCCUUAAAUUUGGAGAUCAACUUUCUGCACUCUGAUUAAUAUGCCCAUUUUACUUGGCAUGGACCUUUUGUACAACCUACGAUAUUUUUUGCGUCUACUAUUCACAAGGACAAGUUUUUGUUUGAGAAUAGUUUAAACCAUUAGUUGUCUUCAGCUAAUUUCUUGUGUUAGUUGAAUGGAGCGCGAAUGAUAGUAUUACAAGACGAUAAUCUUGAAGGCUGACUAUUAUUUUUGUUGCAAUUUGCAAUUGAGUGUUUCAGUGUUC